UGCUCGCGACACAAGCACGCGCAGCUGGCAGCUGCUCCAGAAGCUCCAGACGCUGCCGACCGAGCGGAGAGCUCGCGCCUCCGUGCUCCGGAUCUUUACCGUCUCUGAUGGACUUUUGAGAUAAAGACGCAGAAAAUACGCAGCUAUCCGCCUCCUGCGACCCCUCAGGUGGCAGCUGCUGGGGCAGUUUUUUUUUUAUUUUAUCAUUUUUAAAAAUUCAUUCCAACGGGGACCAAAAACUGCUCCAAUGGUCUGAACUGUGUCGCCGGUUUUAAUGUGUUUUAUGUGUUUGCGCUCAACAGUGAGGUAGACUUUAAUUCUUCCCCCACGAGUGUCGGCGUGUGAUUUACUCCGUGGAUGCGGCUGUCGGGGUCGGUGUCUGGAGCCCUGCAGGAUCAGCCUGUCACCGCUUAGGGCAUCAUCAUGUCUCCCCACAAGUGGAUGAGGAAUAUUUCUCCUGAGAUGCUGCUGCUGCUGCUGCUGCUUCUGGUGCCCAUGGUGUGUUUUUUACCUCAGACCGGAGCGGCUCCUUCUACGACUACCGAGCAGCUGGACAUGGGGGUGGACUGGCUGAGUAAGUUCGGCUACCUCCCGCCUCCCGACCCGGUGACCGGCCAGCUUCAGACCAAGGACGCCCUCACCAAGGCCAUCAAAGCCAUGCAGAAGUUCGGAGGGCUGAAGGAGACGGGAGUCUUCGAUCAAGCCACCCUGGGUCUAAUGAAAACGCCCAGAUGUUCUCUGCCAGAUGUGUCUGAGGCCGAGGGGACGGUGGGGCGCAGGAAACGGAGCUCGAACCCUCAGAACAAAUGGAAUAAGAGGCAUCUAUCCUGGAGAGUGAGGACCUUCCCGAAGGACUCGGCCUUGCUGGGCAGGGACACCGUCCGGGCCCUGAUGUACUACGCUCUGAAGGUCUGGAGCGACAUCGCACCGCUGAACUUCCACGAGGUGGCCGGCAGCGACGCAGACAUUCAGAUCGACUUCACUAAAGCCGACCACAAUGACGGGUAUCCCUUUGACGGGCGGGGAACAGUGGCUCAUGCGUUCUUCCCAGGAGAGAGGUUCACAGCUGGAGACACACACUUUGAUGACGACGAGGCCUGGACCUUCAGAUCUCCAGAGACUCAUGGGAUGGAUCUGUUCGCGGUUGCCGUCCACGAGUUCGGUCACGCCAUCGGCCUGGUCCACACCUCGGCCAUCGAGUCCAUCAUGAGGCCGUACUACCAGGGUCCUGUGGGAGACCCUCUGAAAUACGACCUGCCCUACGAAGACAAAGUCCGAGUCUGGCAGCUUUACGGGGUCAGAGACUCGGUGUCCCACACAAAUCAACCAGGAAACCCCUCCCAGACGGCCGAGCCUCCCGUCCUGCUGGACCUUCCAGAGAACAGAUCCACACUCCUGCUGGCUCGAGAUGCCCCGGACAGAUGCAGCAGUCAGUUCGAUGCCGUGGCCCAAAUACGAGGGGAGGCUUUCUUCUUUAAAGGAAAAUACUUUUGGCGACUAACUCGAGAGAAGCACCUGGUGUCUCUUCGUCCAGCUCAGAUUCAUCGUUUCUGGAGGGGCCUUCCUCCCAAUCUGGACAGUGUGGAUGCUGUGUAUGAGAGACCGGGCGACCACAAGAUUGUAUUCUUCAAAGGUCUAAAAUAUUGGGUAUUUAAAGACAACAACGUGGAGGAGGGUUACCCACGUCCAAUCAGUGACUUCGGUCUGCCGAUGGAAGGAGUGGACGCAGCCUUCGUUUGGCUGCACAACGACAAAACCUACUUCUUCAAGGACAACCACUACUGGCGCUACGACGACCACCAGAGACGAAUGGACCUGGGCUACCCUAAAGACAGCACGCUGUGGAAGGGGCUGCCGCCACAGCUGGACGACGCCAUGAGGUGGUCUGACGGCUCGUCCUACUUCUUCAAGGGGAAGGAGUACUGGCGAGUGCCGGGCAGCGACAUGGAGGUGGAGGCGGGAUUCCCUCGCCUCAUCGCUAAGGACUGGCUGCUGUGCACCGAGAUGCAGUCGGACUCUCCGGACGCGGAGCCCAAAAACACGGAGACGAGAGUCAACGUGCACCGACACCCGGACCAUGCGGAGAACGGAUACGAGGUUUGCUCCUGCACCUCGGACAACGCCUCGCCUUUAGGUGUUCGCCUCUCGCCGUCUCCCCUCUGGCUGCUGCCGCCUGUCUGGACGCUGUCGCUGGCCCUCCGCUCUGAACCGCUAUGAUGCUAAAGCUCGGGUCAACAUCCUCCAGCUGGGUGCAUCAGAGAGACUCGUUCAUGGAGGGCCAGCGGACACUCAGCCAAAACACAAAUGGGAAAAUUUUGUUCAUAUAAAUAUGGAUCGGUAUGUUUUCUGCUAUUAUUUUUGCUGUUAUUUAUUUCACAUACCAUUCAAUGGUCAUCUUAAGCGCCUUGCAGUAUGGGUAGAACAUGCCAUUAUCCUGUUAUCAAACUACACCUGGUAGGCAUCGGUCCACUGACAAAGAUAGUGUCGUGUUUUACGAGUUGAGUUACACAGAUCCACAAGUUAAAUCGCGUCUUUCUUUAAGUGGCUUCAUCUUUUGCUUGGACGGCUAAUUUAGUGGAACUGACUCAAAAGUAUUACUUUAGUAGUACGUACUUUUACCUGUACAAGAAGUUUACAGCAAUAAUGAAUGGCAUCCUUGGAUGUAAGGUGAUAAAAUAAUUGUGUAACAUUCUGAAAAUGACCCUUCAGGACAUUAGUAAUAGUAAUAACAGACAUUUUGGGGAAUAUGUUGUUCUGAUACCCCUCUCAUGUGAGCCCAGGAAAUAUUUGGCUUCAGCUAGCAGUUGGUUAGCUUUGCUUUGACUGGAAAAAAGGAGGGAAACAGCUAACCAGUCAAAAUAACAACGUCCACCUACCAUCAACAUCCAAAGCACUCUACUCGUCUUAUCACUUUUUCUUGUUUCUUUAAAGGCCUCUACACACUGCGAUUUUAAUAAUCUUACAAGUUCACAGUUUGCUACACUGGACGACAUGAAUCUAACAAUCUUUGGUCAUGACAUGAAACAAACUGUCAGCCUACGAUGUACGUGAGUCGACAUGAAUACGUGCGCCGUCCGUCCAUGAAAAAUAAUUCUUCAACUGUAGAGCACAACAUAGAGGGUCACAUUAUUUAAUCACAUAAAGUAAAUGCUGUGGACACUAUUUCCAGCGGUGUUUGUGUGCUUUUGCUAGCCGCUGAUGUUAGCUUACUCAUCUGGGAGCUGCAAUUCUGUUGCUGUAUCCUUCCAUGCUUCGUCCUUUUUUGUCCGGUUGUGGUACGACCUGGAGGACACGUCAAAAAGGCCUCUGCUGCCACAACUCUACUGGGCAUCUUCUUUGUUUAAAUCCCACAUACUUGUCUUUGAACCUGCCUCUCAGUGCAACGUAGGACCGCCGAUUUAGAGCCAAGACCAAAGAUAACGCCACGAUUCUCUCACGAUUGUUACCUUUCGCCCGGGACGGCCGAAAAUCACACAGCGUGUAGAGGCCUUAAUCCACAUAAAUCUUGUAAAAACAGCCCAUUUCUGUGUGCCAUUAGUCAGAUUUUGUGGCCUUUAGGCAGAGCCAGAAAUAUAUGAGCAUCAAUCUCCUGACCUAACUCUCAGCAAGAAGAAGAUGAAGAAGCAUAUUUCCCAAAAUGUCAACUAUUGCUUUAUAAAUAUUGUCUGGCAAGCAAGACGUCCUGUCAGGCUCCUAUUAUUCUCUACCAGUCAAGUUGAGGUUUAGGCCUGUUACAUUUCUGGUGUUUGGAGCCACCAAUUCUAGAGGUUUUUACUGCUAGGAAGACCAAGCCAGGGCAAAUAAUGGCACCCUGGGAUGUACGUAGAUACUGCAGGUAGACAGCUGAUUGACACUCUAUCAUGUACCAAGGCAGACAGGUGAAAAGUACUCUGAGAUGGAGCUUAGAUAGAUAGCUAGGUUUACAGGUGAAUGGCCUCGUGGGAUCCUGACAGGAAGACGCAUGAAUUGGCGUGCUGGUUGUCGACAGGUAGAUGAAUGGCCUUCAUUGUUGUAAACAGGAAGACAGGUGAAUCCCACCCAGUACAGCUACAGGAAGAAAAGGGCACUUUGGGAUUCAGGAAGUAAGACGAAUGAAUGUUAGUCCUGUAAGACGGAAAGUUCAACUCCGAGACUCUCACAGUUGCUCAGCACCGUUAUACUCGCUUAUAUCCUUUACCUAUACGCUCUUUGAGGAAAUGAUGCACAUGUAUCUACACAAAUUCAUCAUUUUCACCGGAAGCAUUCCCCGCCAUUAUCAGAGGUAGUAUUGGUUUGUGGUAUUUUUUAUUUUUUUGUUAAUAAAUAUGGAUAGAUUGUGAGUCCAUAUUGCUUUGAACAACUCACAGAGCAUUUCCUACGUCGAUUCAAGCUCCUCCUGGUGACGUCCUACGCAGACCUCACGAGAUGGCAACCGGAUUUAUUGUUGCUGAUAUAUUUACCUACAAUUUAAAUAUAGACACAGAUAUAUUUCAGUUGAGAUGUUCCAUGGUUGCUGCAAACCACGUGGACUGUGUAUAUUUCAAGCUGUGUUUUCUAAUGUAAAAUAUUUUUGUAGAAAAAUUAAAGAAUCUGAACGAC